CGUCUCUUCCACAAACAAGAGGAAGGCAGAGGGACUCUGUGCCUCUGGCCAAACAGAGCAGCCCCGGCGCCGGGGACGGGCGCUUCCCUGAUGCCCUCCGCUGCUGCCGCCACUGCUUCCAGGUGUGGCUCCCGAGUCCCGCCUGCCUCCUCCAAGGGGGCCCUCCAAGCGCUUCCGCCGGAGGACAAGGGCCGGAAAGCAGGGCCUUGGCUCUUGGCUGCCUUGCAGGCGGACACCUCCCCAGAUCCGCUGCCAGGCCCCGGCUGGCACCUCUGGAGCCCACCUGGAGGGAGGCUCCUGGAGAGAGAGCCUUCCCUCAGGCCCAGCUCCGGGACUGGCCUCGCUAGCCCUAGCCCUAGCCCUAGCCCUUUCCAGAGGAGCCUUGCAGCAGCAUUCAAGGGCAGGGGCAGGAACCAGGCUCCGGGACUGGGCUGCCACUCUGUUUCGGAGAAAGGCAGCAGGCAAACCCAGCAAACAAACAAACAAAGGCUGCUGCUGCUGCUGCCAAAGGCCCUGCAGCGCAGGCGAAGGGCGGCAUCAUGGGAAUAAGACAAGCGCCUGGAGGCCGAGGGCCCUGGGCUGCCCUGGGCGGGGCCCUCGGCGCUCCAGGGACCGAGUCUGAGCCCAGCAGGGCCUCCUCUCAGGAACUGCAGCUCCCAGGAGCCCUUGCGGUGGGAGCGCCGCCCGCCCCGGUCCCUGAGGGAGGAGGCCCCUCCCCUCGCCACGCCUCCUGAGACCCUUCCGGCCGCGGGGCACGACGGGAGCCGUGGUCCUGCCGAGACACGAGGGCCCGCGCCGCCUGGGCGACGGAGCGGAGCGCCGGAGGGGCCCAAGGGAAGGCGGACGCGCGACUUCGCCUGCCGGCCCCCGUAGCCCCGCCCCACGAUAGGCGCGCCUGGUGUCCCGCGCGGGGGCUGCCGGGAGCCUCUCCGUCCCAUCAUGCCUUUCGGCGGGGGCGCGCCUGGCCCCUCCCCUCGGCGCGGCGCCUCCUGGGAACCGUAGUUCGCGUUCGGCGAGGGCCGGGCGGGCGAGGGGCGCCUGGGACUGCAUUUCCCGUCGUCGCUCGGGGCAGGGCCGGGCUGGGCCGGCUCCCGAGCCGCCUCCGACGGAGCCAUCUCUCUCUCUCUCUCUCUCUCUCUCGCUGAGCGAGGCAACCCGGUCCCUUCCUCCUCGGCCUUCGCCUCCGGCCUCGCCGCCAUGAGCAGCGGCAGCGCAGGCUCUUCCCGGCCCCGAACCAGCUCCUUCGCCGACCCCUCCGCCGCCGCCAGCGCCGGACCGGGAGCCUCCGGAGGAGGAGCGGGAGCAGGCCCCGCCGCCACAGCCGCCCCCGCCGCCCCGGGACCCUCGUCGGGCGCCGCGCCAGGAGGCAGGCCGGGGGGCGCCGCAGCCGCAGCCGCUGCCUCAGGGCCGGGCCCCGGCGGAGGAGGAGGCGGCGGCGGAGGGGGCAGCGGGGUCGCCCCCGUCGGCGCCUUUCCGGGGCUGAGGCUCGGACGCGACAGCAGCAAAGUGACCACGGUGGUGGCCACCCCCGGACAAGGCCCCGACCGGCCCCAGGAGGUCUCCUACUCGGACAUCAAGGUCAUCGGGAACGGCUCCUUUGGGGUGGUCUACCAGGCCCGGCUGGCGGACUCCGGGGAGCUGGUGGCCAUCAAGAAGGUCCUGCAGGACAAGCGCUUCAAGAACCGCGAACUGCAGAUCAUGCGGAAGCUGGACCACUGCAACAUCGUCCGCCUGCGCUACUUCUUCUACUCCAGCGGGGAAAAGAAAGAUGAGGUUUAUCUCAAUUUAGUCCUGGACUUUGUGCCCGAGACGGUCUACCGUGUGGCCCGCCACUUCACCAAAGCCAAACAGACCAUCCCUGUCAUCUAUGUAAAGGUGUACAUGUACCAGCUGUUCCGCAGCCUCGCUUACAUCCAUUCUCAAGGCGUGUGUCAUCGGGACAUCAAGCCCCAGAACCUGUUGGUAGACCCCGACACAGCAGUACUGAAGCUUUGUGACUUUGGCAGUGCAAAGCAACUUGUGCGGGGAGAACCCAAUGUCUCCUACAUCUGCUCUCGCUACUAUCGGGCUCCUGAGCUGAUCUUUGGCGCCACUGACUACACCUCAAACAUAGAUAUCUGGUCAGCCGGCUGUGUGUUGGCGGAACUGCUCCUAGGGCAGCCUAUAUUUCCUGGGGACAGCGGCGUGGACCAGCUGGUGGAAAUCAUCAAGGUGCUGGGAACACCGACGCGAGAACAGAUCCGAGAGAUGAACCCCAACUACACAGAGUUCAAAUUCCCCCAGAUCAAAGCACACCCCUGGAUAAAGGUGUUCAAGCCCCGCACGCCGCUGGAGGCCAUCUCUCUGUGCAGCCGGCUGCUUGAGUACACGCCCGCUACCCGGCUCUCUCCGCUCGAGGCCUGCGCAAACAGCUUCUUUGAUGAGCUGCGUGAGCCCAAUGCCCGGCUGCCCAAUGGCCGCGAGCUGCCCCCACUCUUCAACUUCAGCCCUGUGGAGCUGUCCAUUCAGCCAGGCCUCAAUUCCAACCUCAUUCCACCACACAUUCGGUCCCAGGUGGGUUCGGUGGGAUCGGGUUCUGGACCCGCAGCCACGCACAGUGAGGGACGGCUGAGCUCUGACCGAAGCCAGGGGACACUGGGGGACGGCGCAGGAUCCAUCGCCAACACCUCCUGAGGGGCUACUGGGCCGGGGGCAGGACCCCUCCACGACCCCCUCCCCAGGCCACCCACACGGACUUCUCUGAACUGUGAACGGUGGGGGAAAGGAAUCGUGGCCCAGGGGACUGUGGGGAGCCUGCCUCCUGUUGCUCCGGGGGGCGGCCGGCCGGCUGGAGAGAAUGAGACGGGCGUUUGACGGGGGAGGGGGAAGGGGAGGAAGGGCGAGGAGCAGUUCCUUGCCUCCCCAAAUCAUUUGCGGUUCCCCGCAUCCGUGUUUUCCCAUGCUCCCUCGGCACGGGGAGAGGGCAGAAGAAAGCAACCCCAAAGUCAUCCUGUGGCUUCAGGGCUUUGUUAGCGGUCCAUGAUGAUGCCGGGGGGGGGGACCAAGAGCCCUGCCGCUGCCCCCUCCUCUCCUUCCCUCUUGCCCAAAUAUGUCCCAGCUCGUUUUUUAAGUUCCUCUAGUUUUUAAGAUCCCAUGGAGAAAACAAAAUGACAAUAUGGUUUUAUUUCCAGUCUUGUGUCACCUGCACUCUGAACGCCGGCUUUUCACGCCGUACGACUCACACUUUGUUGCCCCCCCCCCCGGCCUGUCUGCCCCUGAAACACAGAUGCUGUAUUUUUAAGCGGGUUGGUCUUUUCCUCUCCUUUUUAAAAGAAUCCCCAACUUUGAUUCAGUCUGUCCCAUUCAGGUGGGGAGCCAGGGCUGUUCCUGCCCCCAGGACACUUGCUGGAUCUGCCUCCACCACUGCAGUCUCUUACUGGGAACAAACGCCUUCUCCCCUGCCCUGCGGCCGACCAUUCCAACUCCUCCGGCUUCCCAUCCCCGGCAGCACCUGGGCUUCUUGAGGGGAAACCCACCACCCAUCAGCUCUGCCCUGCUCCCAGUAUGGGCUGGUGCCAGCCCCUUUUUGGCCAGCCGCACAGACCCUGGAGUGGGAGGGGGCGCUUGAAGGGCGGGUGGAGGAGGUUUAUUCUGACUCCAGGCCCCUCCUGUCGCCCUGUAAAUACAUCCUUUUUCUUCCCCUUCCGUCUCCGCUCCCCACAAAAUGACUUACUCUUCCCAUCCUCCCUGUAAAUAGAUGAUAAUUUUUUUCUUAACGCAACGUUGCAACGAUUGCCCCAGGCUCCCGUCCCCCCCUCCACCUUCAAUUGCUCUAGGAUUGAGGGUUCCCCCUGGGGAGCCAGGGUGCAGCCUGUGGAUAAAUCCCCUCAAAGCCCCCUUGCCCCCGUGACCCAUCCUCAUCACUGCCCUCCUCUCUUCCCUCCCAACAUUGUGUGUUAGUUUAUUUCUUAGGUUUUUUGGCUGUGUACAGACAUCCGGUUCAAUAAAUUAUUGGCAUGAACGGAAA